CAAAAAAAAAGUCACACACAAUGAGAGAUGAUAUUCCUCUUCGCGUAAGUAAAAAUAAAUAUAAUGCCCCUCUAAUCUAAGAUUGAGUGCCUGUGGUGACUGAUGCGUGAUUGUGUUGGGGAGAUUUUGAGAUUCACGCGGUGUCCAGAGAGUUUGAUGAAGAAACACGAAAUCUGGGCACGUUUGCUGCUGACCUUGGUGGAAAAAACUCAAAUUUUUUCCCAGUGAUUUUGCGUAAUUCCAUUCAAUUUCCAUCUGUUACAUUCCCAAAAUAACAAUGGAUUGCGAUUGCCUUCCAGUAGUUGUGGCAAUUGCUGCCGUGGUAACGGGUAUUGUGCUGUACAAGUUUUGGUACAAGAGCACCAAUGAGGGGACCAAGAAGAGCAGGAGCAGUAAGCCGGCAAAGCUGAAGACACUCCUGGAUCCCAAUGAGAAGUAUCUACUGCCACUGAUUGAGAAAGAGGAGAUUUCCCACGAUACCAGACGCUUCAGAUUUGGUCUCCCGUCCAAGUUGCACGUCCUUGGGCUUCCCAUUGGGCAGCACAUUAAUCUCUCAGCCACAAUAAAUGAUGAACUCGUCAUCCGGGCAUACACCCCAGUGUCCAGUGAUGAUGACUGUGGCUUUGUGGAUCUCGUCAUUAAAGUCUACAAGCGGAAUACUCAUCCCAAAUUCCCGAAUGGCGGGAAAAUGUCUCAGUAUCUGGAUGAGAUGAAAAUUGGCGACACAAUUGCCUUCCGUGGACCCUCCGGGAAGCUGCAAUACCUCGGCAAUGGGUCAUUCAGUAUUAAGAAGUCCCGCAAAGAUCCCCCGGUCACCAUUCAAGCUACAAAAGUUAAUAUGAUUGCCGGUGGCACAGGGAUCACCCCCAUGCUUCAGCUUGUACGCAAUAUCCUCAAGACUGGUACUGAUCGCACGGAGAUUGCCCUGUUGUUUGCCAAUCAAUCUGAGAAUGAUAUUCUCCUGCGGAAUGAACUUGAGCAUUUCUCCUCGAAGCAUCCGGAGCAAUUCAAAGUCUGGUACACGCUCGAUUCUACUCCUAGUGAUUGGAAGUACAGCAAGGGCUUUAUAAAUGACGAAAUGAUCAGAGAUCACCUCCUGCCACCGUCUGAUUCAACCCUCGUCCUCAUGUGUGGCCCACCGCCUAUGAUUACCUAUGCAUGUGUGCCCAAUCUGGAUAAAUUGGGCCAUAGUCCUGAUCUACGUUUUGCCUACUAAAUCAAGCAAAAUAAGACAACUUUGGUGGAAGGAAUGGGUGCAAUCAAUCACAAAAAGGACUUUCAUCGCAUCAACACUUCAUGCUUUUUUUUUUCUUCCAAACUACAAGCUAGUUUUAUUGGUCAUUUUGUAUAAAAAAAAAACUGAGUAGAAGUCUACAUUAUGGACGGAAGUAGUUACACUAUUUGGAGGAUAUUUGAGAGAUUCUAAUCUCCUUCUCUCCCAGUAUAAUAAUUGUUGUACCUUAAAUGAAGCUCAAUAAAUGCCAGAGGCACAUAAUGGUA